GUUAUUGAAUCUUAAUUAGCAAAUCCGGACAUUCUUAAUGAGAGACAGUUUAGCUGUUACGUUGUACACUAUUUAAGGGUGUAUAAGCCUUAUUCCUUACUUAUGUAGUGCGCUUAUAUAGUGUCCGAGGGCCGUUUGUGAUUGGAUCACGUGCUGUCAGGGAAGUGAAAUAGGACAAACUGCUGAAGUUUGCUUUCGGCUAUGGGAGACCUGUUGUUAUGGCUGUUAGCUUUCUUGCUGGUUCUCUUCUGCUUAUUGGACGUGUGGUACUACCUCCGCCUGGUGGCUGUUUUACUCCGAGCCUGGUUCCUGUCUCCUGUGUUCGACAUCACGGCAGAGCAGUCUGUCGGAGGCCACGUCCUUCUCCACGAUAUCGACAUGUGUCACAUGAACAACGCACGCUACUUGCGUGAGUGCGACUUCGCCCGGAUUUCCCUGUACGCCCGAAACGGUGUGUUAAAGGCUGCAAGGGCCCUGGGGGGUACCAUGGUGGUGGGUGCGACUACUGUCCGCUACAGAAGGCCCCUGUGUGUAGGGGAAAAGUUUGCGCUGCGCACUCGUAUCGUCACGUGGGACGACAAAGCGUUCUACCUUGAGCAACGCUUCGUGUCCAGUAAGGAUGGAAUGGUGGCAGCCGUCAUGUUCUGCAAACAGAACGUGCUGAGGAGCAGCCCAGAUAAAAUCCUCCAACACCUGUGCAAGAGAAAGGUUGAAGUUCCUGAGUUUCCAGAAGAUCUGCAGCACUGGAUCAGCUUUAUAACAGCAAGCAGCCAGGCUUUAAAGGCUGAGAGUGGACCGGAGAAGAAAAACGAAUGACGAUUGACACGAGCCUGUGACCUUCAUGAGACGAUAGUUUGCUGCAUAUUCUGAUAAAAACACAGAACUUUUGCAUGCGGUGUGAACUGAAACUCGAAUUCGAUUCAGUGAGUCGUUUACUUGAAUCGAUCGAAUCAGGUAGCUGGAACAUCAGUAAUGGUUUUGUUUUUGUGCACGAAUAAACAUUGCUCUUGUACAA